GCGGACGGCGUUACUCAGGAGUGUUGCACCGUGCGGAUGAUCGAUACGCCGGGAAUUCUGGAGCCGAAGGCACAAACUCUCUGUGGUCAACUGAGUCUGGGCGUUUGUGGGGCGGUGGAUUGGGAUGCUGUGGACAAAAUCCUCCUUGCCGACUACCUGCUCUUCUGCUUAAACGGACGCAGCCGUUACGAGUACGUGUCUGUUUUCGGCAUGCCCGGUCCAACUUCCAACGUGAACGAGCUGCUCGCGUGGGUGGCGGCUCGUCGACGCCUCGUUCAGGCGGCGCCGCGACGCAGUCGCGAUCGGGAGGCUCCAGAGGUGGCUGCUGAGGAGGAGGAGGAGCACGAGUCCACGGCCAGCCGGCUAAAGACAAUGGAGCCCGAUUUCAACGCUUCCGCAGCCUACUUCCUGCGUGCCUUCAACGAAGGCCGGUUGGGUCGAAUCACCUUCCUGCCGCACGCUAAUAUGGCGGAAGGCAUGGAAGCCGCGGCGCCCUCGUAUGGAGGUGAUAUGCUAAACGACCUCCUCCAGAAGAAGAUCGAAUUUUCCCAAAUUCCCGUCCCUCAGGAUUGGAAAGGAUGGUUCGCGUACAAACUAUUGGAGUGGGGUCUGUUCGCGAUCGAGGAUCCAUGGGGAUUCACGACCACAAUCCUCCUCUUCGUGACGCCCUUCUUCCUCCUGAGCGCCAUCUUCUCCUUCAAGUUGGCCAAAAUCCUGCAGAAGGAGGAGGAGGACAAGAAACGCAAGGCUCGCAAGACCAACGCUGCGAGAGCGGCUGCCCACAGGCACGCAAAGUCGGACUAG